GUACGGAAGCGGCAUGUUACAAGAAAGGAAAUUUUCGAAGCCUCUCGUCUUUCUAAACAAUCAUUAUGCUUUUUUUUUAUAUAAACAACUAAAGCUGCAGACGACGUAAUUUUAUUUGAUUUUUUUAAUCUGAGGGGAAUUUUCGUUAAGAGCUUUCUGAUACAUUGGUUUUGACAUAGCUAACAGUGUAGCUUUGUGGCUUUCCAUUUAUUUGCACUUUUAAAAGUUAAAUAAUGAGUAGAUCUGUACAUUUAAUUUAUAAAAGUAACACGUUGCCUUUUAAAAAUAAGGCGUUAUGUGUAAAUUCAGUAGUUUCCAGACAGAGACAGUUCAGUACCACAAAGAGCUACUUGAACAUAAUGCCUGCCUGGGUCAUUGAUAAAUAUGGGGGUAAUGAUGUUCUAAGGUUCACCAAAAAUGCUGCCUUUCCCAUAAUAAACUACCCCAAUGAAGUGAUUGUGAAAGUGUGUGCUGCAGGACUGAACCCUCUGGAUGUCAGCAUGAGAGCUGGGUAUGGUGCAGCAACACUGUCAAUGAAAAGAGAUCCUCUUAAUAUCAAACAAACAGGCAAUGAGUUUCCACUGAUUUUGGGAAGAGAUGUGUCCGGGGUCAUCAUGGAGUGUGGCUUGGAUGUCAAGUAUUUCAAAGAGCGUGAUGAGGUGUGGGCUGCUAUUCCUCCAUGGAAGCAAGGCAGUUUGGCUGAAUUUGUGGUGUUGAGUGGCAAUGAGAUAUCCCUCAAACCCAAAUCACUAAACCAUGUGGAAGCUGCAUCUCUCCCAUAUGUAGCAAACACAGCCUGGUCAGUACUGGUCAACACUGGUGGACUCAAUAAAGAGAACUGUGCAAAUAAACGGAUUCUUAUUCUUGGUGGCUCUGGAGGUGUGGGGACAUUUGCCAUACAGAUGUUGAAGGCCUGGGGAGGACAUGUGACUGUCACCUGUUCCCAGAAUGCUGAGCACUUUGUCAGGGAUCUGGGGGCAGACCAUGUGGUAGACUAUACGGCGGGACCAGUAGAGGAGCCCCUUAGAGCGCUGGAAAAAUUUGACCUAAUUCUUGACAACAUUGGUGGUGACACAGAGCGCUGGGCACUGGAACUCCUGAAACCAUGGACAGGUGCAAAGUAUGUAACCCUCGUCACCCCUUUCCUCCAAAACACUGACCGACUCGGAAUCGCAGAUGGCAUGAUGCAGACCGCUGCUACCAUGACAACUAAAGCCCUCAAGCAUCUGUUAAAAGGAGUUCAUUAUCGAUGGGGAUUUUUUGCUCCAAGUGGCCCAGCACUCGACGAAAUAAGAGAAAUGGUGGAUGAAGGACAGAUCCGACCUGUUGUAGAGGAGAUCUUCAGUUUUUCCCAAGUUCCCAAGGCUUUUGAGAAGAUGGAGAGAGGACAUGCUCGAGGAAAGACAGUUGUCCAAAUCAGUAAACCAGGAGAUGUCUCAUAGCAUAUAAUAUGCUGUGUUUUUGCUGCUUUACAUGUACUUGAACCUAUGACUACAAAACGGUCACAUUUUCUGCUGUUUUUUUCUGUGUGGCUGUUGUACAAGAAAAUUAUUAAUUUCCUUUGGAAGAGAUUUAUUUUCUCAAUAUGCCAAUAAUUUGAUUUCUCUAAUUUUUGUGGUGCUGAGAAAACAAAAAACACAUUUAUUUUCUCAAUAUGCCAAUAAUUUGAUUUCUCUAAUUUUUGUGGUGCUGAGAAAACAAAAAACACAUCAUAAUUUGUUGUUAUAAAAUAAUUACAUUGAUACAUAUUUUAAAAUGAGAUAAUUUAACCUUUAAUUUAAAAAAGUAUACAUACCACACUUCUGUAAAUUUGGUAUUUUUUAUUUUAUGAGAGCUGUGUCUUAUAUUUACAUAUUUACAGUCACAGUGGGCAGUGCUAUUUUUGAAAAUUGAAUUACAAAAUGCUUGUGUGUUCCAUUUUAUUCUAUUUACAAUCUUAUGUUAUAAAGUAAGUAUCAAAAUGUAAACACCUAAAAAAAUAUCAACAUUUUAUGAAAGGAAACACGUAAACCAAAUUUACAUAUUGAAUAAAGACGCAGGACUUCAUGUUUGCAAGGCCUGGCAUGCAUAGAAGUACCACAAGAGGGAGAUGAGUGCAGCAAUGAUACAGGGCAGAGUCCCACACACUGUAAACCAUCAAGGUAGAGUGUUUGGUUUCAAAUGACAUAAGCAGGUCUUUAGGGUCCUGUUGGACAUGCUUAUGUAGAAAACUUAGAUGAUCUCUAAAAUCCAUCGCUGGUUCAAUUUUCUUUUAUCAAACUGGUUAAGAAUGACUUGGUUCUUGUCAAACUGGUGUCCACCUGAAAGACAAUGCCAGUUGUACAUUAAUAAUAGUCAUGCUAUGAUUUAGGGUGUUUUGUCCCGCUCUAGUCCUGGUUUAGUUGUGGUCUAGUCUUGAUUUAG